AAUUCUAUGGUGACCUGUGUUGACGCGCUGAACAAAAGUGAUGCUUGACAGUCAACCAAAUAUAAUCGACCUAGUGAAAGAGUUUUUGGAGUACUACCAACUUCACCAGAGUUGCCGUGCAUUUACAGAAGAAUCUCGCAUAUUUCAUGGUGUGAACCUAGAGCAAUGGAGGCCUGCAUCAGAUUUUAAAAAGAAGCAAGAAGUAGUUAAUCUUCUUAGAACUAAUAAGAAGGAAGAAUUUUAUAAAGCCUUGUUCAAUUUGGUGCCUGAAACUGAGCGACAGAAGCAGGAAUUUUUGCAGUUAGAAUUUGAUAUCAACCUGUUUUUCCUUACUGCAUUUUGGCAGGAGUAUAACAACGACGAAAGACAUGCGUCAAUGCAAGAAUUUAAGCUGUAUUUGGAAACUAGAGGCUCAGUUCACUGUCAGAAUACGGAGUUUCUAGCUUAUUAUGCAUUGCCUUAUGUGACUAAACCUAAUGAACACCCAAUAUAUCGUCAACUUUUUGAGGAAACGUGGCGAGACUCUGUUGUCUUACGUUUGUCAAAGUACAUUGAUUCAGUCAUUCAACCAAAUAGUGGUAAAAUUCCCUGUUUGCUUAAUUUGGUCACCAAACCUAAUGUUAAGCAAGAUCGUCUGAUGCGGCAGCUUACAAAUGAGUUGUCAGACGCUGAAAAGCGAGCAACACAGUCUCAGAAACGAUUAACCAGGCUGCAGAUGGAUUACCAAACACUUAUAUCAGUAACUGCAGAUAUUUUAGAUGCCUUAGAAAAUACUCUGAAAGGAAAAUCUCUAGAUAGCUCAGUAAUGCAAAAAAUAUACUCUCGUCUGGUACACAGUCAAAAUAAUGCGAGUUUAAAAGUAAAUCACCAAAAUAGUCAGUUCAAUAAGACAUCAAAUAACACCUUUGGAUGUGAAACCAAAGAAAUGAUGGUUGGGGAGGAUAAACCUGAAACUCCUGGUCACAAACCGAACUUGCCAGUUGGCUUUUCUUGGAAUGAAAAUCCUUCAUCUCGAUUGGUUGAAUUGAAUUAUGAAAAAAUUAAAGAAGAUAUUAAAAUAAUGAGUGAUCGUAAAAAGUGUUAUUUACUUCAAGCAUUACGUUGGAGAUUAACAAAAUCUAAAAUAUCACAACGUGAACAUUGUUUAACAUCAUUUGUUCGUAAUGAUAUACUUGAUUUAACAACAAUUGGAUCCAUUAAAGAUAUUGAUAUAAAACAUGCACCAUUACUUUAUUGUUUAAAAUCAAAACAUCAUCGUGUACGUGAAUAUAUGGCACGUUUUAUUAAUGCACUUGCUUCUUUAUGCCGAGGACGUGCAUAUCUGUCGCAGAAUAGUUUAGUUAUUGAAAUUCUAAUUGAUGAAGUACGUAAAGAACAAGAUGAAUGUAUCACAAGAGAAAAUUUUGUUGGUGCCCUACAGAAAAUGAGUUUGAGACGACCAAUGCAAACUGUAAUGAUUAAACAAGGAGUUAUUUUAUGGGUAAUAAAUUUAUUAGAAAAUAUGCAUAAUCUAUCUGAUUACACAUUGGAAUAUGCAGUUGCACUUUGUAUGAAUUUAUGUUUAAGAAGUUCUGGUAAACGAUGUUGUAUACCAAUCACAGGACGUUUACUUAAUGUUCUAAUGGAUCUCUUAAGUAUUGACAAUAUUGAUAUUAUACCAUAUAUCAAUGGUGCAUUAUAUUCUAUAUUAGCAUUAUCAGAGAUAAGAAAAACAGCUGAGAAAAUGAAUCUUGGUCAUAUGUUAAAAAAAUUUAUUAAACCAAAUCAACCAGAAAUGAAUCGUCAAUUUGAAUUUAUUUUACAAAGAUUAAAUUCAUCCGAACAACCACCUUUAGUAGACUCAGAUGAUGAUAUUGAUGAUGACGAUGACGAGGAGGAUGCAUCAAUACUAGAAGGUGAUCUCGAUCGACAAGACUUACCUCCUCCAGAUCAAAAUGAUUUAUUGUUAUUAACUGGUUCACAGAAUAUUCAACAUGAUCCAAAUAUAUGGGUUGGUGAAGGUUUAUUAAAGCAUGAUUAUGCCAUGGAAACAGUAAUGAAAAACGAUACUAACAAUUGUAUUGAUUGGUGUAAACCAUCAUGGAAUAGAGAUAAUGAAAUAAGAUUGUCCAAUAAUAGUUUUCGAAAUGAUUUACCUCUUCAACGGCCUACAACACCUAGUCAACGUUCUGCUCGUAAUUCCAUAUCGGAAAAUCAUCCAUCAACAGGCAGUAGAAAUCAAUUAUACGAUUCUACUUUAAUAAAUCAUGAAUACGAAGAAAAUUGUAAUCAACUUAAUCUACGUGACAGUCUAGCAACAAUUACACAAAGUUUUGCUGAUGAAACAACACCAAGAUGUACAACCCCUAAUGAAAAAUUAUCAUUAUCUAAUAAUAAUAAUAAUCAUUAUACAAUAAAAGAAUAUUCAACCACAAAAUUAGAUGGAACAAAAAUGAAAAAAAUUCUUAUUAAUCGACAAGAAGGUCAAGGUAUAUUUCAAAGUCGACCAAAACUUUUACGUACACCAGAUUCUUCACCACCAGGGAAUAAAAAGUUCCCCCAAAAUAAUAAUACUCAAUCUAUGAAUGAUGUUGAUCAUGAAGAUGAUGAUUCAAGUAAUCGAACAAAUGCAAGACAUUCACCAGAUUCAACUGUAUCAAGUAGUACACAUUAUAAAUAUGAUAAUUCAAUAGGUGAUAAUAAUCUACUAUUACAAUAUUCUGAUAAUAAAAAUAAACAAAGAUGUAAGUUUUUCAUCAUUUCAUAAUUAUCAUGGUUUCUUAGGGAGAUUUUAGUAGAUUUAUAUAGUUGAAAUCAUGAGUCAAUUGAAGUUAAACCACCAUGGAAAACAAGGAAGUACUGGACGUCCGUUUCACCUUAUUGUGGAACUCCUCAGCAGUGCGCAUCCACGAUCCUGUCUCGCGAGGUUUGAAUUCAGGACCUAUCUGCUGAGGAGUCUCACAGUGAGAUAAAAUGGCCGUCCAGUGCUUUCAUGUCUUUCAUAGUGGUCUAUGUUAUAUCUAGAGAUUUGAUUCUUACUAUGCCACGUACUACUAAACUACUUGAACGAUUGAACCCGCAACGUCGCAAGAGAGAAGACAGAAAACUAGUAGGUAGGAAUUUUAUUCCCCAAAACAGUGUCAAAAUAUAGUACAGAAAUCUCAUGUAUUUAUAGCUAUUGGCUGAAUGUAAAUCAUCAUUUCGGACAACCAAUAGGCACAUAGGGGGUCAUUCUUAUCCACCCAAUAGGGGAGCUACACAUUGACAUUCUAGAAUAUUCUCAUAGCAGUGAUUGGAUGGAAUGUCUUUUGCUCUUUCUGGGCUUCUUGAGGCUUUCUAGAGUUUAUCAACAAGCCAUCCUUACAGUUUAGCUUCGAUUAACUCAUGAUUUCAACCCCAUAAUGAGUCAAGAUAAUUUAUUUAACGAAGUAGAAGAAUAUGUCUAUUUUUUUCAUAUUGUUCCUAUAUCAUUAACUAUAUUGAGUUGAUCUUUCAGUGUGUACAUGAAGUUAUUAUCAAAAUUAGUCUUUUAGUGAUGAUCGAAUUUUGUCUGUCAAGCUGAAGUAUAGUCGUUAACCUAAGUGAUUUGACAUUGGCAUUUACUAUGUUCAUAUAUCAGGAUCCUCCUUUGAAUAUCUUCAACCAUCUAAUAGUUAUGUAUAUUUAUUAACGGUCAAGUAACCAUAUAGUUACAGUGACAAUAAUAGUGUUCACAAAGAUAUUUAAAAAUGGAUUAAAUUGUUACUGUUCGAAUAAGUCGAAACUGAUUGUAGGAGAGUUGCUAAACGGUAAUGAAAUUAGCUGUUUGUUGAUUAGUUAUUUUAGUAAACUAGAACUUGAUGCAAAUGAGUAUCAAUCCCAGUUUUCACAUAUUAUAUUAGCACAACAAGUAAAAGAUUAAUACAAAACUAAUAGAAUAUGAGAAAUAUUUCGGGUAAAUUAUGUCAAGAAGGAUCGGUGAACUAAACAGCAAACCUCGUGAUGCAAAAAAAGGAAAGUUCCGAAUGACAAUUACCUUCAGUGUUACAGACAGUUAUGAAAUGAAUUCAACUACAGCAUUGUGACUGGUAUUAAACCAUAUUAUAAUCGGUAAUCAGAAAAUUGCUACAGAUUACGACUAUAUCGUGGGAACUAGUCGAUUCGUAUGCCAUCCAACACUGAACAUUUGGAUAGAUGUUAGUAACUAAGACUAAUUCAACAUUCAAUGGAAACUGAUCUCUACAAGUUGUUGAGUAAACAAUGAACGAAAAAGAACCCCAACGUUUGCAUUUCCAUUCAAUAUUGAUUGAACGAUCGCUUUUGUUUAUAUGUACUAGAAAGAAUAACAUCAUAAGUAGUUUUGUUUAAACCUAAUUGAAUAGUUUUGAAUAAUCAUUCAUCAUUGAAAUAAUGAAUAGAAAAAUUGAAUAGUUUUUUUGUGAAAAAAAUGAUGGUUAUUUUUUAAUUUGAAUUAAAGCAUUUAAUGUAAAUAUCAGUUAGGUUUUCUCUAUUUGAAUAUACUUAUUUUUUUCUUCUGUU